AGUGGCUCAAAGGAUGUACAGAUUCGGUGCCUAAGCAAGGUUUUCCUCCCACCUUUUCACGCGCGCGCGUGCGUGCCGUGUGCUGGGUGAGGCAAUGGGUAAUUGCGAGUCCUUCUUCUUCGGACCGGAGCCGGAUGUCGUGAACGGUGCGAAUGGACAGAUAACAAAGGGCAAGCGGGUGCAGACCCAGUACACCAUCGCAGAGGGCGGGGACGGGCGCUGGUACUGCGGCACCGUGGCGAGGCUCUACACCAACAAUCGCUGCAAGAUUAAGUACGAUGAUGGUGACACCUGGACCGGCAACGCCAUGGAAGUCUAUUCUCUGGACGGCCCGCCUCCGGGGGGUGCGGGCGUCCCCAUGGGCAUGCCCGUGGCACCUCCGGUGGUGCAAGCUAUGGUCGUCAAGACUGCCGUGCAGCUGCCGCCGAUGCCCCCCAGUCAGCCAGCAGACAGCCCAGAGACGACCUGUCCAGUGUGCCAAUCCAACAAGAUGGACAUGGUCCUGCAAUGCGGGCACCGGCUCUGUGGCAACUGCACCAAGGACAUCGUGGGGCGGAAUUGCCAAUGCCCGGUAUGCCGGGUGGAGAUCACGCAGGUGAUCCGUGUCUACAACUGAGCGCAAGCAAGCACACGAGUGCUUCGAAGCUGGAGAGACGAAUAAUUGGAGAACAAAACCACCACAAAGCAUGGGCGACCUGUUACGUUACCUGACA